ACGUGUUUUUCUCGUACAUUCUCGAUCACGUGAUUCGUUCCGAGACCAGUGUGCGACAGAAUUUGAUGAAAAAAACACCAUGUCAGGUUCAGGAAUUGCGCUUGGUCGUCUAGCAGAAGAGAGAAAAGGAUGGAGAAAGGACCAUCCAUUUGGUUUUGUUGCCAAGCCAGUAAAGAAUGCAGAUGGUACAAUGAAUCUACUGAACUGGGAAUGUAAGAUCCCAGGAAAGAAAGGGACGCCAUGGGAGAAUGGACUUUACACGCUCAGAAUGCUUUUCAAGGAGGACUAUCCCAGUACACCCCCAAAAUGUAAAUUUGAGCCUCCACUGUUCCACCCGAAUGUGUAUCCAUCAGGAACAGUGUGUUUGUCCUUGCUGGAUGAGGAGAAGGACUGGAGGCCAGCUGUUACAAUAAAACAGAUACUAUUAGGGAUUCAGGAGCUACUGAACGAGCCAAACAUCAAGGACCCUGCUCAGGCUGAAGCAUACACCAUUUACUGCCAGGACCGAUGCCAGUAUGAGCAGAGAGUGAAGGAACAGAGCAUGAAGCACCGAGAUCAUCAGUUGGGGCACUGAGAUGUGGUCAACUCACUGCUGCAACAGUUGCUGUGUUCUCUCACAAUUACCAGAUGUAUUUUUGACACAGCCCUCUCCAAGCAUCUGUAAGAGGCUAACGAUUAUAAGAUACUCAACCUCAUUCUACCAACAUCUUGCACAAAUGACGGACUUAAUUGGCGGCAUGAUUUAGCCUUUUAUAUUUUUUAAGUUGGUUUUUAAACUUUUUGUCCCAAAAGUCAAUGUGGUUAGUCAGAGAAAAAAAAUCAACUUCUAGAUUAGCACUUAAACGGAUGAAUGAAAUAAACUUCGAGAUCACACCAUCACAGAAGAAUAAUUGCGAAACAAUACCUAGAGAAAACUUUUUUUGUUGUUGUUAAAAUAAUUUUUUUAUUCAUACAUAUAUUAUUCACCAUUUCUUACAAACAGCAGUGAUAAAACAUUGUGUAUGUUUUCCAUUUCACCUAAUUGUGAAACAAUUAGCCAAAAUACUUUUGUCAAUAUUAUUAUUUUUUUCUUUCUAAUUUCAUUUUUUGUUGUUGGUCAGUGUUGUAAACUAACUGGAAAAAAGAUAAAGCCUUAGGUUGAAAGGAUUCAAAUUUGCCUGCUUUAGAGACUAGGCAUUAAUUGAAGGAUUGGCAUUAGAAGAAAUAUGACAGACACUCCAAGAUCCUUUAUUUAAGCAAUUUAGUUUAUCAGAGGAUUAAUGAAUUUUGUUUUGUUUGUCCCUUCAAAUAAUAGAGAAACAAGUCAUGUCAUUUUAGUUUUAUCAAAUCUGUGGUAUGCAUUUAAUGCACGAGUUGAUGCGUGUUUCAAUAUUACAUGAUGCGAUGUGCACUUAAACUGCAUCGAUGAAGGUUAUGUUGCAUUUUAGAUUCUCAAGUAACAUUUCUAAAUUUAAUUUUAGAAUUUUUGUUUCAAUCAAGUGUUGAAGAAGAAUGUUUAUUUGUGUUUUAUUAUAAUUAUUAUUAUUAUUUUAGUAAUAGUAUUGUUUACAAGCAUUUAUACCCUCUUGUCUCAUGUACAUUACAUCCUAUCAAUAGAAAAAAACAUAGAAAGACUUUUCAAGGCAUAUUACAGCUCAAGUAGAGUCAGUAUGUAUUGUCUUAAUCUCAUACAAUGACAUGCUACCUUGGAUUAAUAAUACGUCCCACAAGGGACGAUAUUCUGGUCGUUUUUAGAUGUUUCAUUGUCAUUGGAUUCCUUCUGACCUGUAGCUGUCAUGAAGAUUUUGUUUUAGAUUAUUUAUCAUAUUAGCAUAUUUUCUUGAAACAGACAGGACAUGAUGACUGCAUUCAUAAACACCCCCAAAUCAUGGACCAUGCUUCAUUGCAAAGAAGUUUCAACUGAAAAGGAAAAUAUCCAUUCUCAUCGGUGUGCGUUAGAAUAUCCACAUAACCAAAUGACAGACAUAACAAGGCAAUGCGUGAAAGUUAACAGGUUCUUGUCCCAGCCCUUACCGUAUAUCGCUGUGUAUAAGGCGACCCCACGUAUAAGACGACCCCCCUGUAACCCUGUAUGUUCAAAGGUUAAGGGGGUCCCUAGAUUCAAACAGUAAAGGGUCCAACCUCAGGGACCCCAGGACCAUCAUAAUUCGAACGCUGGGUUGCUUAAAAGGGAGGUGGUUAAGGAUGAUUAUCUUGUGAAUUUUACUGGUCCUAACAUUACAUUACCAGACUCAAUAGCAUUUGUUUCCACAUAUAUACCAGCGAUUCUUUUUAUGAACAGAUGAAGCGUAUGCACUUUGUUCUCUAAUUAAAUGCCAUCUUCCCAAGACAAGAGUGUCCUCUAGCCUGUAUCAAAGUCUAAGGCCACACUUUUUAAAUUUUGUUUCAUGAAUUUAUCCCAGCUUUUCCACACAAGGUCGGUAGAAAUAAAAAUAAAUAUACAGGGAUGAGAAUCUUCGAAAAAAAAUGCGAAUUUUAGUGGCCACAAAUUUGUUAAAAUUUGAUGGCUUCCCCCAUAAACACCCCCAAAUUAUGGACCACGCUCCAUUGCAAAGAAGUUUCAGCUGAAAAGGAAAUUAUUCAUUCUCAUCCCUGAAUAUAUAUAGCAAUGUCAAUCAUUAAAAGUCACUCUGCGAUGGAGUUAAAACUGCAAACGGCCUCUUGAAUCACUGAUAGUGAUGUAGACAUGGAAUUUUAUACAUAACAUUUUUUAUUGUAUUAGGACUAUAUUACCAGCGGGCGACAUAACAUAAAAAUAAAAAAUGUGUGGGCUAAUUUGAUAUAGGCUACUAGAUGCUCUUGCCUUGUGAAUGGUGUUAAGUGCAUGCUCAUCUCGCUCCCUACAUCUUUAUUCAGUACGCGUUGACGUAACUUGUGUCAUUCACAUUUGUGUUGUUGGUUGCAUAUUGUUGACAUUAUCACAUCAUUGUGCCCUAAGGCAAGUUAAAUUCCUUCGGUAAUGUUUGUUUCUGCUCUAGCUUGACAGACAUUUCUGUAAUGAUCCUUAACCCAGUUUUCUUUCUGUAUUUUCUCAUCUUCCCGAGGCGAGUGAGUGGAAACUGGCCUUUAUAGCCAGUUAACACCCUUGCCUCGGGAAGAAGGUAUUUUCUUUCUGUUUUGCUUGGAUAUUGUGACGUUAUAAAUGUAACUUAAACAUGAGCCUCUAUCUGUGUGUCUCCGAACAGACUAAAAUGCUGAAAGAUAUUUCCUAAAAAAUCCAUGUAAAUAUUCAUUUGUGAAUUUUUAUUUGAACUGGCUGAAAAAUAUAACAAAAUAUUUUAUCUACUGUUCUUUCUCGUGAUGUUCUAGUCCACAUGGUACUUGAGUACUGGUCCGUAUUUAAGAGUCCUGGUGCACUUUCCGUGGUAAGACCUGUUUUAUUACAAUAAUUGAUUAACAAUCAGAUCAUCUUGAAUGGGCACUGACAUUAUGUUUGAAGCAAAUGCAAGUGAUAUGAGAGGUGGAAUCUGAUUGGUCAAUAGGAGGGACAUAGAAGGGACAUAACUUGUAAUAGCCACUGGUUGCACUACAAUCAAGCAACAAUGAUUCAGCCUUGUUCAGCAAGGGUGGAAAUCAGACUUUUACACUCAGUUAACUUCCUUGAUUCAAGAAGAUGCAACAAACUAUGUCGUAAGAGGCGACCAAAUGGAUCGGUUGUCAGGCUCGAUGACUCGUGUCCUCAAACCCGUUGGCAUGGAUUGUUGCUCACAUUAUCAAUGACUGGAUUCUCUGGUCCAGACUCAAUUGUUUACAGGCCGCCAUCAUAUAGCUGGAAUAUUGCAAUGUGUGACAUUUAACAACAAACAAACACUCUGAUCCACAUUUGGUGACAGUGUUUUACCAUACUAUUAUGGUAAUGAUGUAAGAUUCUACUUGGUGUAGCAAGUCGUAUUAAAGCUCCUCUGAAAAUGUGAUUUGUAUUAAUUUAGAAACUGGUCAUUUACAAUGGGGGAGGUUAGUGAGAUUAGGAGGGGUCCUAAGACCAAUCUCACUCCCACCCCUAUAAUAAAUGACUAGUCCCUUAUUUAUUGUUUUGUCUAUAGUUCUAAUGUUUAUUUCAGUUUCUAUUAUUAUGUUACAAAGGUCCUACUUUGUAUUUAGAAGACAACUUCUUACGUUAAGUUAUUUUGGCUAUAUUGUAUCGAUUAUAAAACAUGCAAUAAAACAUAACACACAAAGUAAAACAGUGCAAUACCAAGUACCAAGGUAGACAUUCAACAUAAUAGUCAGAAAGUAGGAAAUAUAAAAAAUUUAAAAAUAGUCAAAAAAUCAGAAUGAAUAGACCUUGUUUGCAAGUGAUGCUGCUGUUAAUCCUUGUGGGAAGUGUGAGUAAUUUUAUUCCCUUACUCUAGAGGCCUACAAGACACAUUGAAAAACCAACUCCACUGAUUUCAGCAAAUCAGAAGUUAAGAUGUUCUGCCUACUGUUGAUAUUUGUUUUUUUGUAAAUAGUUGUAUUUAAUGUUAAUUGUUUUGUUGAAAACUUCUAUGUGUGGGAUUUACCCCCCCCCUUUACGUGCAUGCAAUACCGACAAUCUACAGUCAGUGCUUUGAAGUUUUCCAGUGUAUCAAGAAAUCUCAUUUUCCAUUUUUAUGAUUAAGGAACUUCCAAGGAGUCAAUUUUGAGUGCAACAAUACCUUUUUGUAACACUGUUGUACUGCUUUGAUUUGUUAUUUAGUUUCAGAUAUGAGAUGGACAGGACCUAAAUAGUAUUUUCUAAGCAAUGAUUAACUAUAAAAGAAUUGAAUAAAAAAUAUGUCCAUUUUCAGUUGAAAUGAUCAAAUGUAUCUUAACAUUUAUGAUUUAUUUGUACAGAUGUACAUUUGAAUAAACUAUCAAACUAUAAA